AUGAAUCCCAGUAUAAUCCCCCAUCCAGAGCUGCUUGACACCUGGAUCAUCACUGCACAACUUCGCAAUCCUCCUUCUACUGGUGCUCCCUCAAUCUGGUUCGCUGAACUCGUCUGCAAUGCGGCAUUUUCAGCCGACAAGCGAACCCUGCGCUGUCUGGAGCCCCCACUACAAUUACCCAUCCCAGCGACCUUCGGUGACCCCAACAAGUGCCACGGCGACCUUUCGUACUUUAGUUUCAGCAUCGGGCCCCAUGACGCAAGGGUAUUCUACGGGCCGGAGAUCCCGUACACGAUUUACGGCUCCAAUUCAUUCUUUACAUGCUUCGGACAAUGGAUAUCCGACUUCCGAAUCAUGAUGGAUUGGGGGGUAGACGCGAUAAAUGAGCACGAAUUCCGACAAUAUCGCGAACUUCAACGCCCAAUGCCAUGGAAUGCUGUUGAAAAGAAUUGGUUUAUUUUCUGGGACGAUUCGGGACAAAUGUUCCUGCACCAUGAAAUUACACCGGGCCGAGUGUUUUCCAAACUAGAGCUAGAUGGCUCUGUUGGACCGAACCUAGCGCUUACAACCGCUACUUCGGACCAAAAAUGUCUCAAAAGAUUCUUGCCUGAGACCGGAGUCAUUCAUCAAGCCACAAACUCGCUAGCUAUCACUCUAUGCGCACGAUCGGACCCAUUUUGCCGAGCGGAUGCCACCAAUACAUUUGUGCUUUUCAUCAUCCAGCGAAAGACUGUACUAGGUCUUCAUGCCGUAUAUGAGCCGUAUGUGGUGCUGAUGCGGCGUUCAGCGCCGUUUGACAUCCAUGCCGUCUCGUCAAAACCACUCUGGAUCUUUGGUCGCGGCAUUAGAUCAGAGAAAUUAGAAGACUCUUCCACGGGAUUACUGGAAGAUGACUCUGAGAUGGUCUAUGUGACUAGUGUUAGUUGGAAAAGCCAUGGGCAAAAGUACCAUGGGUUCAUUGAUGAUACACUGUUCAUAGGGUUUGGCAGGGAGGAUUCGAGCGCUGGCGGUAUCGACCUCACGGCCGGGGACCUUUUAGCAGAGCUGGGUACGUGCGCAUGA